CCUCCUCCCGCUGCCUCUCUCCAUCCAUCCCUGUCUCCCUCCAUCCAUCCUUCCCUACAUCUGUCCUUCCCUCCGUCCCUGCCUCGCCGCCGCCGGGCUCUGCCUCACCCGCCCGCCCGCCUCCAGCCAUGGCCGACAUGAAAACCGGCAUCUUUGCCAAAAACGUCCAGAAACGCCUGAACCGCGCUCAGGAGAAGGUCCUUCAGAAACUAGGAAAAGCAGAUGAAACAAAAGAUGAACAGUUUGAAGAAUAUGUUCAAAAUUUCAAGCGGCAAGAGGCAGAGGGUUCCAGGCUCCAGAGAGAACUGAGAGGAUAUUUAGCUGCCAUCAAAGGGAUGCAAGAUGCCUCCAAGAAGCUUACAGAGUCUCUUCAUGAAGUAUAUGAGCCAGAUUGGUAUGGACGAGAAGAUGUGAAAAUGAUUGGAGAGAAAUGUGAUGAACUUUGGGAAGACUUUCAUCAAAAACUGGUGGAUGGGUCGUUGUUGACCUUGGAUACAUAUCUAGGACAGUUUCCUGAUAUCAAAACUCGCAUUGCAAAGCGAAGCAGAAAGCUAGUGGACUAUGACAGUGCGAGGCAUCACCUAGAAGCCCUGCAGAGCUCAAAAAGAAAAGACGAAGGCAGAAUUACCAAGGCCGAAGAAGAGUUUCAAAAAGCACAGAAAGUGUUUGAAGAGUUUAACAGUGAUUUACAAGAAGAAUUGCCAUCUCUGUGGUCACGACGAGUUGGUUUCUAUGUGAAUACCUUCAAAAAUGUAUCCAGCCUUGAAGCCAAAUUUCAUAAGGAAAUAGCUUUGCUGUGUCACAAACUAUAUGAAGUGAUGACGAAGCUGGGAGAUCAGCACGCAGACAAGGCCUUCACCAUCCAAGGGGCACCCAGUGAUUCAGGUCCUCUCCGUAUUGCAAAAACACCGUCACCACCGGAGGAGGUGUCUCCCCUGCCUAGCCCUACGGCUAGUCCCAAUCAUAUGCUGGCACCAGCAUCUCCGGCACCAGCCCGGCCUAAAUCACCCACACAGCUGAGAAAAGGUCCUCCAGUCCCACCGCUACCUAAACUCACGCCCACAAAGGAGCUGCAACAGGAGAACAUCAUCAAUUUCUUUGAUGACAACUUUGUUCCAGAAAUCAAUGUGACGACCCCAUCACAGAAUGAAGUUUCUGAAGCUAAGAAAGAGGAAUCUUUGCUAGAUUUGGACUUCGACCCUUUCAAGCCGGAAGUUGUGUCAACAGGAGUAACUCAUUCACCCAUGUCUCAGACAUUGCCAUGGGAUCUAUGGACGACAAGCAGUGAAUUGGUGCAGCCGGCAUCCAGCACAGCAUUUAAUGGAUUUGCACAGGAUACCUCUCUGUUUACAGUGCAAUCAAAUGAGAAUGUGACAGAAACUUUGCAAAAGACUGAGGCUGAAGAAGCUCCACCUGGGGAACCCAAGGUUGAGGAAACCCCUGCUGCUGCUGUUCUCGAAAAGGAGGCCGUCCCCGCUGAGCCCACUGAGCCAGCAGAGCAGGCUGCGGACAGUGUCAAGGCAGGGGACAAGGAGACAACUGGAGUUGCUGAGAAAGAGAGUGAGGUGAUAACUACCACAGAGGGGGUUGUGGUGGUAGAAGAUGUUGGUGCAGCAGUGGCAGCAGAAGCUGAUGAUAGUGCCACUACCACUGAACAGGAGGGUGUUGCUGCAAGUGACCAACCUGAGGGAGAAGAAAAGGAGGCUGAUGUGUCUCAGGAAAAGAUCAGCAGCAUCCCUUCAGUAGUAAUAGAGCCAGCAUCAAACAACGAGGGGGAGGGAGAAGAACACGAAGUCGUCAUGAAUGAGUCCAAAGAUGCUGUGGCAGAUACUGGCACUCAGGGCACUGACAGUUCUCCCACUGAAACUUCCCAAGUUGGCAAUGAGCAGAAACCCACCGAAGAAAUCCAGACUGCACCUUCUCACGAUCAGCCUGCAUCAGCAGAAGACACAGCUUCUGCAAUGCCUCCUGGCUUUCUCCUUAAGGUUGAAGUUCUACAUGAUUUCGAGGCAGCUAACAGUGAUGAGCUUAAUUUAAAACGAGGAGAUAUUGUACUAGUAAUUCCUUCUGAGACCACAGCUGAUCAGGAGGCUGGCUGGUUGACAGGCAUUAAGGAAUCUGAGUGGCUUCAGUACAGAGAUGCAAAUAGUUAUAAGGGACUUUUCCCAGAAAACUUCACACGCCGUCUGGAGUAGUUCUGCGCUCAGGCACACAAGUGUGGUAUGAAGCUCAGUCAGUAGGUUUUUAACCUCUUUGAAACACGGGAGCCCAGUUUUUUUGUAGUUUAAGUCAUUAAUGGUUUACAGACUGGUGCCAGACAAAGUUUGUUGAAACAGAUCGAAAUGAGCAUGAAUGCAAACAGAUAAGCUAGCAAUUUCUGAAGCAGUACAUGAAAAAAAAAUCAAAUAAAAAAGAAAUGUUCUUAUUUGUUCACACGUAUGUGGCAACAGGUUUGUUUGUGCUUUGUCAGAGCUAUGGUGAUCCUGUAUUUGGUCCUUUCCCAUGAAAUCUGAAAUUAGCCUCCUUGAUACCAAAACCUUAACUUCUCUGCACUAAGUGUAUUGUAUGGAGUUGCACUGCAGAAGAUUUGAUUAGUAAUCCUGUAGUAAUGAGGUCAAACUAUUAUAAGUUUCAUGUGUUUAAAAAAUAAAACUGCUGCAACAUUUUUUCAAUGUUAUUUUCAGACACACAUUACAUAUAUACACAGAAGAAUGUAUAUGUGUAUAUAUAAGUGCAUAUGGGUAUAUAUGCAUUUCCACAACUUCAUCGUAGUUCUUUGACUGUGUAGUAUCAUCAGUACAUGCAUUGCUCUUUCACUGUCUGGCAUUACAGGAAACAGUUUUGUUUCAAAGCAAAACUAGCUGCUCCAUUGCCAAAACAUUAUACAGUAUGUGUGUUUGUAAUGUGAAAUUUUCAUUCUGAGAUGAUGAACAAUAUCAUGUUCAAAGCUGCUAAACCCUUGGGAAGGCAUGGCUGUCUCCUCCUCUUCCAGCUACAGUAGUUACAAUGAGAUAACCUGGAGGGGGAGCUCUGAUGAUGCUGUUCUAUACUUUUUUAUUUAAUUGGCUGAAUAAAGAAAACAGAACUAAUCUCUGAGAAGAAAUAAAUAAACACAAUAUAUUUUCACUAUAGGUAUUUAUGCAGCAUAUCUUCACAGAUCCUUUUAAAAUAAGAUAUAUAAUGUAUCCUGUAUGAAGAAGUCAUCUGUAACUUAUGUUUUCCAGUGCUGUGUCAUUAAAAAUAAACCUUUGAUCCAAAAAA